AUUACGUGGGAGGGGAGAUGAGAUGCCCUUCUCAGUAGAGAAUCGCUGGGGUCUCCUGGCUCUCAUGGUCGGCUUCUUCGGCAGCGGCUUUGCCCUUCUUCCCUUCGUGGUGGUGCGGCACCAGCUGCUGAAGAAGUAGCGCAGAGCA